AGUGGCAAAAAUUCAAGAAGUUCAGAGGAGCAUCAUGUUGACAAGAGGUCAACAUCUUGUCCCUAUGGCUGGACUAAGUACCACGGCUGCUGUUUCUUCUACAUUCCUUGAGCUUUAAGCUGGGCUCAAGUUAGGAAAGCAUCAUAUAAGGUCUGCAUCAUCUCCACCAUGAAGUUGCUGACUGUGUCUGUACUCGUUUGUUCCAUGAUGGCUCUGGCUGGAGCUGCUGCUCUUCAAGAAGCAGAGAAAGACAACGAGACAGAGGCAAUAAUUCAAGAAGAGGAGCAUCGUGUUGACAAGAGGUCAACAUCUUGUCCCUCCCACUGGACUGAGUACAACGGCCGCUGUUUCCUCUUCGUUCCUCGAACCUUGACCUGGGCUCAAGCUGAGAAAAACUGCCUGUCCAAGGGUGCAAACCUUGCAUCGAUUCAUGGAACUCGGGAGUACAACGAGAUUAAGAGGAUAAUAUCAGAUAGAACUCAUGGCUCUCCUGAGACAUGGAUUGGAGGCUCUGACAGCCAAGGGGAGCGUGUUUGGUUCUGGAGUGAUGGCACACCUUUCGCCUUCUCAUACUGGUGCAGAGGAGAGCCUAAUGACCACGGGAACCAGGACUGUAUUCAGAUGAACUUCAGAGGUAACAAUUGCUGGGAUGAUUUUCAGUGUGAUGCUCACCGGCCAUCUGUCUGUGCCAAGAAAAUCUGAUGAUUCCUGAGCAGAUAAGAGAGGCAUGAAAUACCUGUGAAAAGCACAAAUAUUAGUGGAUAUGUGUUUGUGUUUAUUGUCACAAGUUAAUCUGUCAUUUUAU